GUGACUCACCUUCCUCCUCUCUUCCACACAGGAGGGCGCACCUGAGGACGUGCCUGGAGAAGUUGAAGGAGAUGGUGCCGCUUGGUCCUGACGGCUCCCGACACACGACGCUGGGGCUGCUGACGCGAGCCAAGCACUUCAUCAAGAACCUCGAGGACAAAGAGAGGAAGCAAACCGCUCACAAGGACCACUUGGCGAGGGAGCAGAGGUUCCUGAGGCGAAGGCUGGAGUCCCUGAGCCCCGAACUGGUGCCUCGCCUUCACCUCGACCUGAUGGGCAAGAGGCGCUCCGUCUCCGAGAGCUCAUCGUUCUCCACCUCGUCUUCGUCGUCGUCCUCCUCCUCGUCGUCGUCCUCUUCUGCUUCCUCCACUUCAGAAUCCGAUGAAGUGGACAUCCUGGGCUACGCCAGCAACCAGAGUGACACCGACGAUCACUCUUCCAUCCAGUCAUCUGCCAGCGACGGGGGGGUGACGCUCUCCACCAGGCGCCUCACCCUCACCGAGUCCACCUCCCUUCCCCUCUAGGUGGCAGUAAGUGUGUAGGAGCAGAGUUAUGGUGGUGGCAGCAGGCCAGCUGGCUGGGUGUGGUCUCCAGGCUGGGGUCAGCAAGCAGCUCAGCCUCACAGUCAUGUCUACACUAACAAGAAAAUGUGUUUACUCAGUCCAUCAUGCCACAUCAGUAGUGAUCAGGACAGAGUUGACAACCUUGUCCCCAUGUUCUGUGAAUGCCUUGUUUUUUUGUGAUGAGUGAGAUUGGUGGGUGAGCGGCCUCUCCUCCAGUCCCGCCCACCUGGCUGGCUGACAGCAGCAACCCGAGAGAGGGAGACACCAACCCCCACCACCCAUGUUUAAAAGAUGUUUUAUUUUUUUGUCAUGAAAGCCAAAAAUACAGAGAUGAUAUAAAAUUGCACAUUGUUGUCUUUGAUGUGAACUUGCGAAGGUUUUUAAAUUAUAUGUGGAUGCCAGGAGAGGUGAUGCCCAAGAAAUGAUGUGUGAUUCACGUGCAGAUAUUCAAUUUACAUAUAUAAAUAUAUAUAUUUUUUUCCUUCCUUUCAUGUGACGUUAUUAUUACUCGCCAUGUUUAAGAUCAUUUCUUACUCUUCAAAAAGCAAAAUGUAAACCCAGCCCCUUCUUCCAUCCAGCCUGACACACGAAUGGUAUACUGAAAGUGUUUUCUGUCGGAGAAAUGUAAUGGAAACAACCUGUUCUAGUCACACAAAAAAGAUUCCCUGAGAUGGAUAUUUGCUUAAAGAUUGAAGGAAAUUGUAAUGCUUCAAUAGUAUUUGCUUUUUUUAGUUGCUUUUCAUUCAAAUCGUGGAACAAACAGCAAGAUUUAUAUAGUUUAUAUUUUUUGAUAAGGCAAAUUAUAUAUGAGGUAUCAAAGGUUGGUUGUUAAGAAGCGAGGCCACUGACUAGUUAAGGACACGUACACAUAAUACCUGACCUCACGCCCUGGGAGGCAGGUGUGUCUCUGGCAACACUAAUGCUCCUCUCAGCGACUCACUUAGGUAAUGCUGAGACUCCAAGUUGAGAUUUGUGUACAUGUCAGACAUUAUCUUUCCUCCACAAUGCCCAAUAGGUGACCAAGAGAGCAGCACAACAGCUGAGGGAGAGAUGCAUCCCAUAAAAAAGUGGCCCAAAAGGUGUCAUAGCCAGCCACUGGACCCUCCACCUCACCCCCAGUCCACCGAGGAACAUGUCAAUGGAUCUCCACUCAAUCGACUGUGCCCAGGAGUCCCUUCCUUCCCACCUCAGUCUCCCUCACCAUCACUGCGGCUUUCCUUGGCUCAACCUCAGUGCUAGAUGUCAAUAUUAUUAUUUUUAAUGAACAAAUUCUUCCAAGAGUGAAUUUUUGAUUUGUGUGUGUUGUUUGACUUAGUUGUGCUUCAUGUUGGUUCAAGGCCAGGGAUAGCCUUUGUUUGUGCUGUUUUGAGCCAUUCUAGCAUUCCAACACCAGAACAUGGAAACUUUCAGCACAGAAGUUUGAGAAGAGUUGGAGUUGUACAAAAAGAUAUUAUUUUAUUAUAAGAAAGUGGAUGUGUUCUACUGCCACCAUAAACUUUUCAUGAGUGUGAAAACUGAUUGAGAAGACACAAGCAUACCAUACUCUGCUUGAGAUAAGUAAUCUGUGAUAGACCUUUGAGAAAAAAGAAAGUGAGAUAGUUAUAUAACUUUUUUAUACACAAGAAUAUUAAAUGCAAUAACUACUGCCAACUGUGACUGCCAGCCCUCAUGGAAUGCAGAGAAAAGCUAUUCCACCCAUCACAAUAUGUGAGAAUAACUCAACUUUUCCACUGUCACUAAUCCUAGCCUGGCUACUGUUCUUUUUUUUCACCUAGCUGUUUGGUACAUCAUACACUGAGUUGGCAUUGUAAACAUUUCUUCAGAAGGCUCCACCAGCAAUGGGACACCUGGGCGGUCUCCCAUGUACAGUGUAAAUACUGACUAGUACAACAAGUAGUCUGGACACAGGGUACCAGCCUUUUCCACUGGACUCCUGCUAGCUUUAAUUUCUGCUGAUUCCAUGGGAAAGUUUUUUAGUCAUUUCAUUUUCAAAUUCAUUUGAUUUCAUAAUAUAGGAUUGCCCCCUUUUGAAAUUCGAUUUAUUCCAUUUCAAAAUAUGAAAUAAUUUACACAGUAUUUUAUAUACAAAAUUCUUGAGAAGGUUUAUUUAUUUAUUUUAGUUUAUGGUAAUAUUUCCAUGUUCCAGUUCAACACUAAUGUAGAAAUGGAGACCUCAUUCUUACAGACUUGUAUCCCUUUGGCAGACAUGCACAACCCCACUUCACUUGUCCAGUCACACGGGCCACUGUGUGCAUACCUGGCACCCACUUGCUCUGCACUUGUGUGCAUCGUAAGGGGCUGCCAGUGAGUGUGGUGGCCGCGAGCCGUCCCUCGGGUCUUGGGUGGUGCUGGGCACUCUUCUUGUUGCUACUAAAUAAAUACAUAUUCUUCAGAGCAGCAACAAUUCCCAUUAAUCCUGAAACAGGAAUUGCACUUGUUUUACACACUUGUUAGUGAUUCAAAUAGGACUUCUCGUAACAUAUAGUUUAAGACUUUCUUGACUAUUUUAUAUUUGACUGUGUUGCUACUUUUCAUAAUUGUACAGUUAAGAGUUUCUGUUUUUCUUUCAUAUAAGAAUUUUGUCAGAAUUAAGACAACAUAUUUUGAUAUUCUGAAAGUCCUGCACCACCCAAAACCUUCAGCCACAAAGAGCUCGGGCUUGUCUGUCCACAUACCAUCCCUUAAUAAGCAUAAAUGUGCAAUAACUGUUGUAUUAAUAAGCUGAAGAUUUUAGACAAGCCCCCAAUGGAGUACCACUGGCAAAGCAACAGUAUCCUGUGCACCCUCAGGAAUUUUCUUGGAUGGAUUGCAAUCUGCGCCACAUUUCUAGAGACUUUAUCUGUGAACUAUAGCUUGGGUAUCACUUAAGCUGUGAGAAUAAUGUACUGUACCUCUUUACAUUAUCAUUGUUGUUGUCAUUUUUACCAAGUGAGGCUUCUAUAACUUGAAUAUACUAAUGACAAAACGUCUUCUCAUGCAUUUUGCUAAGAUUUGGUUAUAAAUCAAGAAGAGAUAUUUCCAUAGAAUGACUUUGUUGUAAGUUUUGUGUGUGGGUCAACAGUUAGUAGUUAAGUCAUCACCAUGACCCAGUACCCACACAGCCUUGAAUGUUACUGUAGUCAGUCAGUAAGUCAGUCAGUCAGUCAGUCAGUCAGUCGCUACCAACCAGCCCAGCUGUAAUGCGGUGGUGCCAGUGUUUGGCCCUUGCAGCAAUCAGCAUAUCAUCCUGCAUCUUGAGUCCAGGUCAGGAUGAACCAAAAUUUUCUGAUUUUUAAUAGAUUACUGCUGUAGGUGAUUUUUGGUCAAGCUGGCAUCACCUGUACUGGGACUCUGCUCUCUUGCCCUCCCUUGCUACACACUUAUCUCACCCUCAAGGUGUACACUACGUACUCUUCUCUCAUUUCACCAGACCUACAGAACUAAUCAUGAUGCAAGAACUCUUAUCAUUGGAUGUUUCUCUUUAUGAAAAUCUCACCAUCCAUUUGUUUGACAAUUCUAGGACUAAUUUUAAAUUCCUCUCGUAGACCUUAACUAGUAUUAAGAAGACCACGGUGUAGCCUGAGGGAAAGCAAAUGCUGUGUGCAGGGUCUGGAAAGGAAGCAGUUUCUCUGCCACACCUGAGGUUCUUCCCUCUCAUUACGUACUUUAGUUUGAUCUCGUGAGAUGCCAAGGCAGAACACCCAACAAUACAGCCAGCACUGUCUAUGAGGGUUACCCUAUGGUGAUGAAGCAAGAGACCCACACAGCAGUGCACACACCCCACUCCCUCAGCUGACACAGGUACAUGGCUGAGGCGAGUGGUGGCUGUGUUGUGUGUUGUGCCUGCGGUGCCCACCCGAGCACGCUGACGAGUGCAGCCACAGCCCCAAUCUGCUCCCCCAUGGCCCCUUCCACUCCAACACCAAACAAGCUCAACAUCACUCAUAUAGGAAGCAUAAUCAAUUUUGUCAUUGUCAAAGGAGUAAAAAAUAAAUCAACCAGUGGUGACCAAAAUGGGACAGUCUUUUGUGUUGGUGAUGGCAGUGGUGGUGGUGGUGGCAGCUGUUUGUGGGCAGUGAUGUGUGUACACCUGAAUCCUCAAAGGAAUACUGGGGUGGGUGCUCACAAAAAAAUGUACAAAAAGAAAAAAAUCUGUUCAUAUUGUGUCAAUGUGUCUUGCCCCUUUCAUAUUCUUCUUCACGAGCCUGGCAGUGGACAGGGACGGGAUGAGCAAGGCCGCUGGGUGGUGGCUGCUUGAUCCUCCUGCCCUGUCCAUUGGCACAGCUGUAGGUAGAAGUGCCCAAUCCUCUCUUCCUUUAAUCUGUUACUUGAUUUCUUCUUGCGUGUUGGAUUGUCUGAUGUGCUUCAGUCAUCCAUAGAAACACUGAAUGCGUAAGAAGACUCAUCCGUGUCUUAAGCAUUUUGCAGACUUGUCUCUGACUUUUGCACCAACGUUUUAAACCCUAAAAAAUAAACAGUCCAUUAAUAACUAAUCCCUUCAUAUGCUUGUGACAUACACUACUUAACUACAAAUUGGAGGCUGGUGUAGGUUGUUGAGUUAGUGGUGUUAAGCUGGGAAGCCCGGGCCCUAGCAUUCAAGGUGUGCUCUUAACUAUUGAAAAUUAUGUCCAUCAGUAAAAGAGGAACUGUACAUCUUUACAAUGCUGACAUAGUUGUACACUUUAUAAAAUUGACAAGGAAUUUGAAUUGAAAUCUAGGUAUACAUUUUGUGCCAUUUCAUAGAAAAAAAAUACAAAUGAAGGAAAUAUGACAUUUAUGUCCAGUUUGAAUGGUGUUUCAACAAGCUUAGUGCUAAUACCUUGCCAUCUGUUGUAACUGUGUUGGCUGGUCCCAUUGAGGAAGUGUAUGCCCUCUGUAUAGUGAAGGAGAGCUACCAUCAUGGCAAGCUGUCUGACAGACUUGCCCUCAGCACAAGGGAAGAAUUCCAUGUAGAGGAAGUGUCCAGUCCAUCACUUACUGCCAUCAGAAGUGACAGAAAUAGUCAGCCACAAUAAAAAGAAGACUGCCACACAACUUGUAGAUCUCUGUUAUCAUACUAGCAAGAACAGGAUGAGUGCUCCACGGGGCCAAGAGCAACACUCCUUUGUGAUGCCAUCGCUAAGUAAAACCAUUAGAACACUAUUGUUUGGUGGGGCUGCAAACAGGUAGUGGCUCAGGCUGCCAUGUAGUCUGUGCACAUUACUCGCCCUAAAAAGCCGUCCUUGGAACCUUCCUUGAACCACCGCGUGCGCCCUCGCUGACGCAGGAUGGUGUUGGCUCCCCGAUUGGCCCUCAGUCCCUGUAGUGUGGAGUAUCCUGAAGCAGCAGGACACCACAACCUACACAGCAUCCUGUUCUUUCUCUGCAUGAUUUAGUUGCCAUCCAGUCUGUGUCAGUGAUAGAUCCCUCCACACAGUUAAUGAAUGUUGGUGACUCACAGUGUUCUUGCUCUCUCCACUUCCUUUAAUGAAUCAAAACUUGAGAGUCCUGGGUUUGCAGACACAAGAAAUUUGUAGGAUAUGUUGCUGGCCACCCCCUCAUUCUCUCUCUCUCUCUCUCUCUCUCUCUCUCUCUCUCUCUCUCUCUCCACCAACAAUAGAUCAGUCCCACCUCAAGACAAACCUGCUACGUGUCGCAAAAUACCAUCAAUGUACAUAUUUCCAGUAACUGUUGUUUCUGUUCUACAUGAUUUUCUUGAAUCUAAAUAAAAAUAAUUUGUGUA